AUGGACGAAGAGGGCCCCAAAUGGCGCCUAGACCAUGCAGAUAAUGGCUCAGCAAUCUGUCAGCAAGCAGCCUGUAAGCGGAACGAAUCAAAAAUCGUCAAAGGUGAACUGCGCAUCGGUACACUUACACUGUUUGAUAAUGGCAUGCAACGCCGAUGGUACACGGCCUGGCGUCAUUGGGGAUGUGCGACAAAGCAUCAGAUCGCUGGUUUGAAAGAGACCACCGAGAACGAUCCAACUAAAGCACCCGGCUAUGACCGACUCAGCCCUGAAAGCCAAGAGCAGGUGAGACUCGCAUUCGAAGAGGGUAUGCCCGUCGAUAAGGGGUUCAAGGGUAUUCGUGAGGACCUGGCGAAAACUUCACGCAAGUACGCGAAAGAGUAUAGGGACGCAGAGGGCUACAAGGCCGAUGUCGCUACUCGUGCCGCUGCUUGCCGUGGAGGCGACUGCAUAUCGGACAACACCAAGAUCACGAAGGGCCAUCUGAGACUUGGCAUCUUGGUCAACUUUGACGGUGACCAUACUUCGACAUAUUACAAACACUGGAAGUGCAUGUCUGAAUAUGACUUGGCAUGUGCACAGAUGUGCUACGAAAAAGGGGAGUUUUAUGGAAUCGAUCAAAUCCCCGAAGAGCUCAAGGAAGUGGUGCUUAAGACAUUCGAGACAGGAGAGGUCAUAGAGCCGCCAGAGCCUAGGAUUGCGCCACUGAAGUCGAAGACGUCUCGUAGCAAGAAGACCAAAGUCAAGCGAGAACCUAGUGUCAGUUCGGAAGAGUCAGAAGGCCCGUUCAAGGAUCCGAGUGAUGAGUUGCAAGAGACAAUCUUACCAUCACCCGUAACGAAACCGAAAGCAAAGAAACCGAAAGCAAAGAGACGUCCCGCCAAAGAGAUUGACAGCGGUAGCGAAGCCGAACCAGAGUAUAUUCCAAGGAAAUCAAGGAGUAGAUCUAGUCCAUUCAAAGACGCCAACGUUCCAGUCGAGGCUGCUACGUCAGCUGCUGAAGAUCUUAUAGAUGAUUGA